CUUUCAUACACCUUCACUUUCACCUUAGACCCAGACUUAGCGGCCAUGGAAUCGACGUGCGCACUUUGCGGUGUCUCUAUUUGCUGGGAAUCUCCGGAGCGGUGGUUACGAGAGUUUCGAGCUGUUUACACACAUAAUCGCAACUGGAGCGAUAUCAAGCUGUCCGGCGUAGGCAUCGCAUCUGAGGAAAGUUUCACCGCCAUUUGUCCAGAAGACUCCGACAGGAAGCACGAUGAUGAAGACCUAGCCGAUGACGACACUGUGUAUAUCGGCCUCGGCAGUUCUAGCCUGAGGACUGAAUCCAUUUCAGGUCUACAGCCUCCUGAGUUCACCGGUUUCGGCAUCCAUUCCGCCUGCUGGAACCUGUUGACAAGGUUGUUUCAGCCGGAUCUAGAGCUUCUUUUCCAUGCCUGUCUCUCCAUGCCAAUCGGCCCCCGAGAUACCGUAGACUGGGGCCAUGAUUAUGACAGCGCUGCUUUUUAUUCCAAGGGCCCCGUUCCCGAGAUUGACUGCUAUGAUCCAGGCACGAUGGCUCUCUUCAACGAGCUUUGCGGAGUAUAUACCAACUUGAAAGCCUCCCACCACGCCUGGACCCGCCAGAAGAUAGGCCUGACAUAUUCAAUUAUUACCGACAAAGAUUCUUCACUUGAUCAUCACCAGCUUACCAUCAACCGACCGUCACGCACAUUCGCUACGCUUGAUCUUCCGGAAGUGUUCUGGGCAUCUCGAUUUGGCAGGGGCCAUGAGUUUCACUGUGUCUUUGAAUCAUUAGAAAAUCACCCCAAAACUUGGAGGACAUUUUACAUAAUGCUCCGAAUGCUCGAUCUGUCCGUCCCGGCCCUUCAAAACCGACACCGCGUCUGGAGCCUCGCGCUGAGGCUUCGAUCAUUACUUGAUCAAAUGGCUGGCGUUGCAUGUCAAGGCCAAUCCCGUGCUACCUUUUUUGAACCGGAAGGUGUUCCAAAUGGAGAUCAAAAGCAUUGGAGCACUGCAGGUCGAGCCGUUCGUCCUCCAACAAGAACGCCAUUUUACUCCGGGUGUCUACCUCUACGAUCUCGCCAGGUGACCUGGGUAAGCCCUCUUCGGGUCUCGCGAUUGAUGCUAUCUUUUAUUUCUAUAAAUGGUGACAGGUACAUCUCUGGUCUACGAUUCGUCAAGGAACAAGGAGGGGAUGACUGCUUGGGAUACAUUCAUCCUGCCACAGAAGAGCCCAUCUCCUUGCCUCGGCCUGGGGAAAUUCGUGAAUGGUGGUUCGGCGUGGACUCGCGAGGCAUAAAGGCCAUCUCGUUGAAGACUGAAAGUGGGUGGAAUUCGCCGUGGUAUUCACUUCCGUUCACCACCUGUUUCUUCGGGGGGGCUGAGAAUCCUGCACCAUCGACAUUGAUCCAGGUUGUUGCUCAUACAUACGACAUGUUCACCCUUGCAGGUCUCGAGUUUAUUCACACAGAUGAUUCCAAAAACAUUCUACUCGGCCAUCGCGGACCAUUCGAGAAGAUGCCGGGCAACAGAGUCUAUGCCUACUCUGAGGAUCGUCGUCUCCCCUUCUCCAUCGAUGGGCCUGGCGGGGAGCGAAUCAUCGGCAUGCAGGUCGAGAAAAGCUGGGGUAACGUCCGGGGUAUCAAGUUAGAAACAAACCGUGACCGAGUCAUUGGCUACGGCCCGGAGAAUUCAAGACCUAAUAGUGAGAACUGGAUCACGGUCAAGCCUUGUGGUUCUCUAGUAGUUGGAAUAUUUGCUCAAUGCGGUGCAACGCUCUCGAACUUUGGUCUUCUCUCAAUCGAUGAGAUUGACCAGAUGGUAAAACGGUAG